UAGAUAAUAGAUAACUUUACCAAAGAAACAAGUCGAUUACAUAUUUCUUUCUAUUUCUCUUUCUCAGUAGAAAAUCACCGUUCAUCUGAUCUGCGCUUUGUCCAUGGCUGCCGAGAUGACCUACAUACCAUCUUCUUCUUCCAGUCAGUGGAAGUAUGAUGUCUUCUUGAGUUUUCGUGGUCUGGACACUCGCAUCAAUUUCAUCGAUUUUCUCUUUAAUAAGUUGGUCCAUUAUGGGAUUCGUACUUUUAGAGACGGCGAAGAGUUGAUAAAUAUCUCUUCAGAACUGAUGGAAGCCAUCGAAGGUUCUAGGGUUGCCAUUAUCGUCUUCUCUGAGAAUUAUGCUUCUUCCCCCUGGUGCCUCACGGAAUUGACAAAGAUCCUCGAUUGCAAAAAAGAUGGCCGAAUGGAAAAGGUCUUACCUAUUUUCUACAACGUGGAUCCAUCGGAUGUCAGGAAACAGACCAACAAGUAUGCGAAGGCAUUUAAAAGACACGAAGAGCAUUUCAAGGAUGAGAUGGGGAAGGUGGAGAAGUGGAGGAUUGCUCUCACAGAAGCUGCAAAUUUGUCUGGAUGGGAUCUAACAAAUGUUCCAAAUAGGCAUGAGGCAAAGUUUGUAAACAAAAUUGCUGAACAAGUGUUGAGAAUAGUGAACAAGACACACUUACAUGUUGCGGACCAUCCAAUUGGGAUUGAUUUUCACAUUAAGCAGAUAGGUUGUUUGCUAAAUGGUAUCAGAUUGGAUAAUGUUGGCAUCAUAGGGAUAUAUGGCCCUGGUGGGAUAGGUAUGCAUGAUUUGAUUCGAGACAUGGGAAGGGAAAUUGUUCGCACAGAGUCUCCUUUGAGGCCUGGAGGACGUAGUAGAUUGUGGGACAAUGAUGAUACCAUUGAUGUAUUGGGAAACUUCACUGGAACUGAUGCAGUUGAAGGCAUUCAAUUAGACUCGUGUCAAUAUAAUGGGAAAAAGUUCAGCUUGUCGACUGUUGAAGGAUUUUCUCAAAUGCCUAAUCUAAGAUUACUUGAAGUUAAUAGUUAUAAGAAUGGUGGCAAUUUUGAUGAAGCACAUUCUCUUCAAAGUUGGGUUCGUUGUUUCCAAAACUUAGUUUGGAUUAGUUGGGAAGGAUUCCCCUUUGAAUAUAUACCAGAUAAUUUUGAUCUAGGGAACAUUGUUAUUGUUAACAUGCAAGGUAGCAAGCUUAAAGAAGUUUGGAAGGGAACCAAGUAUCUCACAAAGUUGAAGGAACUCAAUCUUAGUUUUUCUCUUUACCUAGCCCAUAUGCCGGACUUUUCAGGGUUCCCAAAUCUUGAGAAAUUGAUUCUCAAAGGUUGUGAAAAAUUGGUUGAAGUCCAUGAAAGUAUUGAUCAUCUUAAGAAACUUGUAAUCUUAAAUCUAAAGCAUUGCAGCAAUCUCAGGAAUCUGCCGAGCGAUAUUAGUAAAUUGGCAUUGCUUGAAACACUUGAUAUUUCCUUUUGCCAAAGACUCGAGUUACUGCCAAUGCUUCCAUCAAGUUUAUGCUCUUUUAAAGCACAAGGUUGCAGCAGGUUGAAAAUGUUACCAAAUCUGUCAAAUUUGAAGCACCUAACGAUUCUACUUCUUUCAAACUGUUCUCAGUUGACUGAAAUUCAGGGCUUAGAGGAUUUGAAGUCUGCAACAAAUAUAGACUUAUUAGGGUGCGACAAUCUGAAAAGUUCAUUCAAGGAGAGAAUCUUUCAGGACUUAUGUAAAGACCUUGGAAAUCGUAACAAUAUCUGUGACAUCAUUUUGGACGAGAAUGAGAUUCCUGACUGGUUUGGCUUUCAAAGGCAGUCUGAUUCACAGGAUAACGCAGAUUCAUUAUCUUGUCAGCUUACCACUUUUGGCACUGGAGGGAUGAUUAUAUGUGUUUGUUUGGACAUCAGCAUGGAAACUGGGUAUCUUGGUGCAAUUCUUGAAACCGUGGUUGUUAUUAAUAAAACAAAGAAUUUUACAUGGAGACAUGAAAUUAAAUUUCAAUAUUACUUGACUCAAACUUGGGUGAUCAUGAUACCGCAUUGUGUUUGGAAAUCAAUUGCUGAAGAGGGAGAUAAUAUCAAUGUUUCAGUUGAGGAAACGUCUGGGAAAUUUGUGCUGAAGAAAAUUGGGGUCCAUUCGUCAUACGCAUUGUCCAUGGCUGCCGAGAUGACUUAUGGGGCCUCUUCUUCCUCCCGUACAUGGACAUAUGAUGUCUUCUUGAGUUUUUGUGGUCAGGACACGCGCACUAUCUUCAUCGAUUUCCUCUUUAAUGAGUUGAUUCGGAAUCGGAUUCACCCCUUUAGAGAUAGCGAAGAGGUUAACAGAGGAGAGAAUGUCUCUUCAAAACUGAUUGAAGCCAUCAAUGGUUCUAGGAUUGCCAUUAUCGUCUUCUCUGAGAAUUAUGCUUCUUCAACCUGGUGCCUUAGAGAGCUGGUGACAAUACUCGACUGUAAAAAAGAUGGCCGGAUAGAAAAAGUUCUGCCUGUUUUCUACAAGGUUGAUCUAUCAGAUGUCAGGAAACAGACCAACACAUACGCAGAGGCAUUUAUGAGACACGAAAAGCGUUUCAAGUAUGAAAUGGGGAAGGUGAAAUCGUGGAGGGCUGCUCUCGCAGAAGCUGCCAGUAUGCCUGGGUUGUAUUUUGAAAAGGUCCCAACUGGGGAUCAUUCAAUAUUAGUCAAAUUAAUUGUUCAAGAGGUUUUGAAAGAAGUAAGUAUCUCCCCCUUGGAUGAAUGCUAUGAUGACAAGGUCUUUGCGAAGUUGAAGAUAAGUUACGAUAAACUAAGUGAUGAUUCAAAAACUAUAUUUCUUGAUAUUGCAUGUCAUUUCACUGGAUGGAUGGUAGAAGAAGCAAUUCCAAUAUGGGAAGCUUGUGAGCUACGUCCUAGAUUAGCAAUAAAAGAACUCACUCAAAAGCACCUUCUAAAGAUAGAGAAUGAUGUUUCUUUCAGAAUGCAUGGUCAACUUCAAUAUAUGGGAAAGAGAAUUGCCUCAAAAAACAGCUAUGGGGACCCCACCAACCAUACUAGAUUGUGGUCACGUGAUGAGAUCUCAAAAAUAUUAAAAAAAGACACGGAAACUAAAAUGGUUGAAGGUCUCCUCUUUGAUUGCAAUUUUAAAUUUGAUGGUGAAGAUAAUUUAAGCUAUGAAGACUUUGCGAAUAUGCCCAAUUUAAGAUUCCUCAAUGUUUAUCCAAUUAACAAGCUCAAUGGAGACUUUUCGGAUCUACCUUCUAAAUUAAGAUGGUUCAGUUGGCACCAUUGCCCUUUGACAAUUUUACCACCCAAUUUUUAUCAUGAAGAACUAGUUCAUCUUGAAUUGUCAUGGAGUCGUAUCAAACUAGCUUGGAAUGAUGAACCUCAAAAUGAAAACAAUCGGUUCCGAAAAUUGAAGGUUCUUAUUCUUACUAGCUCUCAAGAUCUCUCUAUCUCUCCCAACUUCUUCUCAUGGUUUCCAUGCUUACAGAGAUUGGAUCUUAUGUCUUGCUCUUCCCUUUUGGAACUCCCAGAUAGCAUUUGUGAAAUCGUUUCUCUCAAGAGUCUUAUUCUCUCUUCUUGUGUGUCAUUCAACAAGUUGCCUAUGUCUAUAGGUGAUCUAAAACAUUUGGUUAAGCUUUAUGUGAAUAGAACAGACAUUGAAGAAUUGCCUGAGGGUCUUGGACAGUUGGAGAAGCUUGAAGAAUUAGACGUUUCAAAUUGCCCUAAACUGGUGAGGCUACCAACAUCAAUGGUUAGAAUGAGGAGUUUGCUUCACUUUGACAUGUCAGAUACUAUGAUUGUAAAAGUACCAGAUGAUUUUUCAAAGCUAUCAAGCUUAGAGGUGUUAAGAAUGGGCAUGGUGAAGCCAAAUGAUGAAUUAGACUACAAGAGGCUUCAACCACUGCUAAUCAGCAUAAGUGGUUUUCCUUCUCAGCUUCAAGAGCUAUAUUUGGAAGGCUACAACAACCUUGAAUCUCUCCCAGAGCUUCCCUCCGCUUUGACUCAUCUGGAAGUUAAGAAGUGUAUUUCACUGCAGAUAAUUUCAGAUCUAUCACACUUGGAAAGGUUGAAGGAAUUAUUACUUUAUGAUUGCGAAUCAUUGGUAAGAUUACCAGAUUUGUCAAACCUGAAAAGAUAAAAGAAAUUUUGCAUUAUCAAUUGUAGAAAUUUAGAGGAAGUUCAGGGCCUCAAAGGAACAGAAUCCUUAGAAGAGUUGGUAGUGAAAGGUCUCCCCAAAUUAACAGUGUUACCUGAUUUUUCAAACCUGAAAAUAUUGAGGAAUUUUUUCAUUAGCAAUUGUGAAAAUCUAGAGGAAGUUCACGGCUUCAAAGAAACAGAAUCCUUGGAAGAAUUGAAAGUGAAAGGUUGUCCCAAAUUAAUUGAGUUAUCUUAUUUGUCAAACCUAAAGAGAUUGAGGAAAUUAUGCAUAAGCAAUUGUGAAAUUCUAGAGGGAGUUCAUGGCCUCCAAGAAACAGUCUCCUUGGAAGAGUUGGAAGUGAAAGGUUGCCCCAAAUUAACAGAGGUACCUGAUUUGUCAAACCUGAAAAGAUUGAGGAAAAUUUCCAUUAGCAAUUGUGAAAAUCUAGAGGAAGUUCAUGGCCUCGAAGGAACAGAAUUCUUGGAAGAGUUGGAAGUGAAAGGUUGCCCCAAAUUAACUGAAUUACCUGAUUUGUCAAACUUGAAUAGAUUGAAGAAAUUUUGCCUCUCGAGCUUAGAGGUGUUAAAUAUGGGCAAGAGGCUUGAGCCACUCCCGAUCAGCAAGAGUGGUUUUCCUUCUCAGCUUCAGGAGCUACAUUUGGCAGGCUACAUGAACCUUGAAUCUCUCCCAGAGCUUCCCUGCACAUUAACUAGCUUGGAAGUGGAGCAAUCAGAUUUUUCUCUUUGCUUGAAUUUAAAAACCAGUAAAGUGAAAUCAAAAAAAGGAUUUAGUCUGCAGCAAAUGUUGCGCCAACAACCAAACAUUGAUGUUCAGGGGUUUGCCUCUGAUAUUGAAGAAGCGGAAAAGCCUACUAGAACACUAAAUUUCUUUGGUUCUUCAUUUGGUGGGGUCAGAGGAGCUGACAAUGUUACUGAAGAGGUAGUGAAAGCUGUUUGGUAUCGGUUUUUCAACUGUUUCAGUGCAAGGUUUUUUGUGAUGAGGCACUAUUCUCUUCUACUGGUCCUUUUCUUCUCUUUUAUAGCCUUAGUUCUAUUUUGUGUAUGGAGGUUUUAUUCUUCUGGUGAUAUGUUACUGCUGCCACCACCAACUUGAUCAAUAAGUGAUAAACGUCAGUUCAUGAGGACUACAAGACCAUCCAACUAGUGGGGAGAGGUUGCAGAAGUGUGUCACAUUAGCCACUUGUUUCCGGUGCAUACUUUUAUAGUCAUAUUUUAAUGUUCCUACAGGAACCAAAUCAAGAUUUGUUGCUUGUGAUAUAAAGAAGAUCUGCCUGAAGGUUGGACUUAUGGGUCAACCUCCCAUAGUAGAUUUGAUGACACAUGAAAUAUCUAGGACAUCCUCAGAGUACAAUGUCAGCAUUGUCUGGAAAAAAAGAACACAAUCAGAUGGAGUGAUGGAAGUGUUAGGUGAAAGGCGACCCUGAAAUUGAAUACUGUCAGAAAAGUGGAACCUGAGAACAACAAACCCUUUGAUCUGGACCCUGAAACCAGACAAACUGUGGAAAAGAUGAUGUUUGAUCAGUGUCAGAAAUCCAUGGGUCUUCCGACAAGCGAUGAUAUCCAAAAGCAAUAGAUUCUCAAGAAAUUCAUGGCUGAGCAUCCAGAUAUGGACGACUUCCCAAAGGCAAAGAUAUCAUAGGCUUGUUUUGCAUGAUACAUAAUUUUUGGGGGUGUUUUCUGUUUGGUGGAUUCUCUGUUCAGUUAUUUAAAGUAGUAGGAUUGAAUUUCAGCAAGGCUAAUAUUGAGUUUCCAGUUUGGCUUGGUAUUGUAUAAGAAAAAACAGGCUGAAUUCAGGCAGAGGAGCAUUGAAGCAUUAAAGUUCAGAGCCCAUAAUCACCUGGACAUUGAAUAAGUUGUUUGUGUUAUUUCUGUAAAUUUCUUCUUCAUUGAAGCAGUGAAGUCAUGUGGGGUGAGGUGCUAUCAGGCAGAGGGGCAUAUACGUGAAAAUUUUAAGUACAUACUCCAUGGUUGUAUUUUUUUUAAAGAUACAUAAAAAAACAUAUAUUCUUUGCCUUCAUCAAAAUAUUUUUUCAAUAUAUCUUGUUAGGUGAUCUCUUUUAUUCAGUCAUGUAGUGUUCAAGUGGCUAAUGUGACCAUUUGAAUUGAUAGGGAACCUCUUGUAGAUAA